GGGAAUGGUAAAAUCAUAUGUGCAGUCUAUCCGGAAAAUACGACAAUGGCAUGGGUGGUACCGGCGAGAUAUAACCCGUACAGUAUGCCGAGAUCACUGGCCGACGACAGGCUUAAGGUAAGUUGGAAAAUAUGCAAAAUGUACGGAAUUAUUUGCAGAUGUUAUUGUAUCUUCUACAGUCGAUUGAUGGCAUUUUGGAUAUCAAUUUCUGUGUUGGUGUUGCUUUUGGUGUUGUUGAGUCAACCGAACGGCGGUCUGGGAGUGUUGAUUUUCUCGUUUGUUUGGAUCAUUCUUCUGCUGUUGGGAAUAUUUUGCGUUCUUAUCAUCCGAAAACAUAUGUUAAUUGGCUUACGUCAUUGUGUUCAAGCAGCGAAUAAACUGUUGAUCAAAAGCGAUAUGCUGGCUGGAGUGGAGGAUCGUGGACUGUUAUCAUGCCACAAAAUUGUGAUAUUUAUGUAUUUUCGAACGGCGCAAUGCAAACAAGACAUAGAGCGUUUGAUAAGACAAGAGAAUCUGAUAGCGCAGCCACAUCCGAUUGAGAUGAACGCCCGCGAGGUGAACGAUUUUGCAAUAAGACUGAUCUUGAAGUACAGUCAAAAUUUUGUGAAAGAAACCUCAAAGAAGCGUUUGCUAUUUCCAACAAGACCAGUUGAGGGAGUCUCUGAAUUCACACCGAAGCACUGCACGAAUUCGUAUUGUAUUUGUCAAUACGUUGAAAAGAGACACUUCAAGCGUAGUCCACGUGAAUGGUACGAGCGUUUAUUCUGGUAG